AUGCUUUCCUUAAAGGAUGGACCUGUAAUGUUAAAUGCGCAAGAAUGGGAAGUAAUAGAAGAUGUUAUCCCCAUAUUAAAACCAUUUGAAGUAAUGACUACUGAGUUAUCAGGAGAGAACUAUCCGACAUUGGCAAUGGUUAUUCCAUUAGUAAGAGGUUUACACAUUUCUCUAGUAUCAAAACAAAUGAGAACAUACUUAGGUCAGCUACUCAAGCAAAAAUUGUUGGGAAAUUUAAACAGUCAUUUUAAACUCAUUGAAGAGCAAAAUCCUAAACCUGAGUUUUCAAGAGCGACUCUACUUGACCCUCGUUUUAAAAAAUUGGCAUUUCAGCAUACAAUUAAUGCUGAAAACGUAGAAAAGAGUAUUACAGAUGAACUAUCUUUACUUAUCAGUGAAAAUUUGAAUGAAAAAAAUUCUAAUAUUUCUGAAACCCCUGAAAUUCAAACCAUCUCUAAUAAUGAAGCCGUCGAUUUAUGGAGUUUCUUGGAUGAUAAACUGAAUACAGAACGAACUCAAGUUACAUCAAUAUACAAAAUGUUACUUAUUACAAAUCCAAUGUUAAUUGUAUGA